CAUGCCUCUCGCCGAGAUUCUAAGAUAGUGUGACUUCGUCUGUCCUCACUGGAAGAAGUAAUAUUUCGUGCUGCUUCAAUAACGCUAGGAUGACGGAUAAGGACUGUACUAUGCCAGGGACGUGCCACUGGGGUGAAAGCAAGGUGGCACUGGUCACGGGCUCGGCGAGGCGUGUCGGCAAGGCGAUCGUGUCGGCCCUCCACAAGCACGGCUACAACGUCGUGAUUCACUGCAACAGCUCCCAGGCCGAAGCGAACGCCCUCUGCGGGCAGCUCAACGGCGCCCGAGCGAGCAGCGCGCACGUGAUCUCCGGCGACCUGUCUGCGUCGGUGGCGGCGACGGCGCAGCGGCUGGUGGCGGAGGCGCAGGCGCAGUGGGGCCGCCUCGACCUCCUCGUCAACAACGCCUCGCUCUUCUUCCUGACGCCGCUGGAGAAUGCCACGGAGCGCGACUGGGACCGGCUCAUGGACACCAACGUGAAGGCGCCCUUCUUCCUCACGCAGGCCGCGGCGCCACACCUGAAGGCAACGAAGGGCGGAGUCAUCAACUUGUGCGACGUCAUCGGCGAGCAGGCCAGCCCUCCGCUCACCAUCUACGGCAUCAGCAAAGCGGCGCUCAUCAUGGCCACCAAAAACCACGCUAUAGAGCUCGGCCCGGAGCCUCACCUCCCACGACCCCCCCCCCCCCUCCUACAGGAAUGGCUCUCCCGGACGCCCCUCGGAAGAAUCGGAACGGCGGAGGACGUCGCGGACGCCGUGGUCUUCCUCGCGUCGCCCUCGUCCUCGUACGUGACCGGCAGCGGCAUCACCGUCUGCGGAGGGAGGUCGCUGAGGCUGUGAAGGAGGCGAGGAGGAGGCGAG